UAUCGUUGUGUUUCAUGUCUCUGUCUUUCUUUUCCUCCUUUUCUUGAAAACCAACCCGCAAAGCAAAUCCCCCAAAAGUGCCAACUUUUAUUUGACGCAAUGGGGGAUUUGGAGAAGCAAGAGAGGGUGGUGGUGCUCAUGAAGGAGGAGGAAGAGAAAGAGCGGUUGCUGGACUUUGAUGCGCUUUGCUCCACCGUCGCUUUGCAUGCUGCGCAUGGCAAAUGGGGGAAGCUGAGAGAUGGAGAGGAUGAAGAAGAGGGUGCUGAGUUUGGUGGAGUUUUCAGAAUGUGGGAAGGUGAAAUACUUGAUUGCUUUGAUCAUCAUCGUGUUGCUCUUGAAUCCACAUGUUGUCCUUGCUACCGAUUUGGGAAGAACAUGAAGAGAGCUGGUUUAGGUUCUUGCCACAUUCAGGCUUCAAUUUAUUUUCUUUUAGCUAUCGGUGCCUUUCUUAACUUGGUUGGCUUUGCUGUCACGAGACGUCACUGCUUUCUAUACCUGGCGCUUGCCUUCGUUGUUUCUAUUGGAGCAUAUUUAGGAUUCUUCCGGACACGUAUAAGACACAAAUUCAACAUUAAGGGAAGUGAUAGUUCCUUGGACGAUUUCCUUUACCAUUUCGCCUGUCCUUGUUGUACAUUAUCUCAGGAGUCUAGAACCCUUGAGAUGAACAAUGUUCAAGAUGGAAUAUGGCAUGGUCGAGGAGACAAAAUAUGCAUAGGUGGCUUUGGUGGAAAAAGCAAAGGACUCUUGGAGUUACAUCCUCCUCCUAUUGUCUGCAUCAAGUCUAGUAACGAAAGUUGCAUGGUAACAGACACAAAUGGCAGCAAUCCAUCUUGAAUUCAAGGUUGGGAGUAAGAGUUGAAAUGAAUCUUCAUCUUAAACAAACACAAAUGUCGCCACACAUUUCAAGUUCCCAUUGAAUUUCUUGCUAAGAAGAAACGUUGUGAGCAUUCCUCCAUGCAUAGACGGUUCAUACUCAACAUUAUGUUGUUGGAGGCACUGGGAAACAAUUGUUGUUUACUGUAUCUUUCUGGGAUGGCUUCUCGUUUGGACGUAGAACGAUAUGCUGUCUCAAAUUCAAUUCCUUCUGGGGAAGGAUAUGUUAAUAUGCUCAUGUACAUAAUCUUCUUUUAGUCUCAACUAAUGGGGUGGGUCUAAUUUUACAAACCCCUGUAAUAUAUUUUGAUUAGUUUGAAGAUGGUACAGGAAUGCCAUUAUGUUGUGCAUUUAUUUCAUAAAUUGAAAAUUCAUAAUUUAUAAUUA